AUGUCCAAUUGUCCAAUUGUCCAUUGCCCGAUGGACCGGGUAAAAAAAGGUUGUUGGAAAGACCAAAAAGUAGACAUUAAACUAAGAAAUCUUGACCUUUUCCUUGAAGAUUUUGGGACUUUAACAGAGCUUGGACGUAGCCUUGGCUCAUCAUGGUUUACAUUGACAAAAAUGCUUGAUAACGACAAGAAGAAAGAAACCCCGACUUUCCGACCAGAUAAAAGACCACCGCCGGGACCGCCUCGGAAAAAGAUUGGCAGAAUUAAUCCAGGAGGACAAAAUACUGGGAUGGGCAUGAUUGACGGUGUGUUUUCCAUUUUUAUAGAUGAAAAGUAUAUCAGCGAUAAAAAUAAUUUGGCAGUUCUCGAUUGUUUUCAGAUUGGUGGAAACUUACCCGUCAGUUUUACUACAUACAUGUAA